AUGAGUGAAGAGAACAAACCACCUCUCAAAGUUAACAAAUGGGAUGGACCUACUGUAAAAAAUACAUUAGAUGAUGCAGUUAAACAUAUUUUGAAUGACAAAAUCGGAUGGAGAGAGACUUACAGCAUUAUGGAUGGACGUUUACUUAUAUCAUUCAUAGCGGUGUGCUUUUCUGCUUUCGCCAUUGGUUAUGACUACAUUCAUCCGUUCCCGAAAUCGAAAUGGGUUCUUGCUACCUGUUCAAUUACUUACUUCUUGCUCAUGGGAGUUCUCCAGCUCUACCAAUGGUAUGUUGAGAAGAACUGCUUUUAUCAAGGAGUGGAAACUGAAGGAAAACAAAAACGAAUCUGGAAAUGGAGCUCGGAGUUGAAAAGCUAUGAUGACAAGUAUACCUUAUCUGCUGAGUUUUCAAAAGAGAGUAGAAGAGGUCAUGGGAAUAUUUGCAAAUCGAUCGGAGCCUAUAUAGAUGAUGAUGGAGAGGUUGUUCUGCCAGUGUUGCGAAAGGAAGUUAACCAACUUUACUCUAAUCUGCUUAAGGAGGAACAAUAA